GCGAAGGACCUCCCGCUUGAAUUGCCGCCACAGAUCACGAUCGCGGCUUUUUUUUGUUUUGUUUUGCUUUGCUGCUUGGGGCGGCCAAAACCCUGGAGCCGGCCCUGCUAAUAACCAUCCUCAAUGGUAUCCUUGUCCACUGGCUCAGCCUUGCGAUUGUCCCCUGCACACCUGCCGUUGGGUCCAUGUUCACAGGCCAGGAGGGCCUGGCAAAACCAGGGACUGAGAGAGCUGCCCACCCUGAUUGGUAAGAUGCACGUGCUACAGUAGUUGCUCUGCCUUAUGCCUGGGUCUUCCCUUCAUUUGGGCAGGUGUCUAAGAUGCCAGAGGGCCCAGAGCUGCACCUGGCCAGCUGCUACAUCAACACAGUAUGUGCAGGGCUCAUCUUCUCGGGGAAGGUGGAGAAGUCUGAAGUGAGCAAGAACCCAGAGGUGCUGUUUGAGAGCGACGCGUACCUGAUCUCUGCCACCUCACGGGGCAAGGAGAUCAAGCUGACCCUGACGCCACUCAAAGAGGAGAAGAACUUGCUCCCUGGCAGAGGGAGGGACAGGGAGGGGCUGAGCCAGAAUGGUCUCCAGCAGCCCAUGGAUCUUGUCUUCCGCUUUGGGAUGUCAGGCAGCUUCAAGCUCGCUUCCGGGGCCGAGCUGCCCAAACACGCCCAUCUUCGGUUUUACACCAAGGAGAGCCCGCACCGAGCCCUCUGCUUCGUGGAUAUCAGGCGCUUUGGGAGGUGGGAAGUGCACGGGACGUGGCAGCUGGAUCGAGGGCCAUGUGUGAUGCUGGAGUAUGAGAAAUUCAGGGAGAACGUGCUGAGGAACCUGUCUGACAAGGCUUUCAACAAGCCCAUCUGCGAAGCCCUGUUAAAUCAGAAGUUUUUCAAUGGGAUUGGCAACUACCUCCGAGCCGAGAUUCUCUACAGGUUAAAGAUCCCUCCCUUUGAGAAGGCUCGGACGGUGCUAGAGGCUCUUCAGCAUCGGAAGCAGGUGAGGAGGGUGGAGAAGGCUCACGCGCAUGCACAGAAAUGUUCCAGCUCAUCACAUAGAACUCGGGGUUCACUGAGAGUUUUCCCUGAUGCUCAUUUUUGUGUCACACCAGGGGGGAAGGGUUACAGCCUGGAGCCCUCUGAUGAUGCUGCGGCCUUUGAGGAGUGGCUGCAGUGUUAUUGUGUCCCUGGCAUGAGGUCGCUGCGUGAUGGCAAUGGCAGGACCAUCUGGUUUCAGGGGGAGCCUGGACCUAUGGCCCCGAAAGGAGAAAAGUCCCGCAAGAGGCGUUCGCGGGUGAAUGCUGACCCUGAGCCUCCAAGUCCAAAGGCCACAAAGCCGGUGCCGAAGAGACGUUCGAAGGGUAGCAGCGGCCAAGAGAAGGUAGCAAAGCGAUCUGGCAGGAAGAAGGGGAAAGAGCUCGUCCAAGGAGCCGAGAACGCCAAGGCAAAUGAAGCAAGAAAGCCAAACGCCAGGUCCAGAAGGAAAGCAUCCGCAAGUCAAGGGUCUCCCAUGAACGAAGCUCCUGCUGCAGAUAGGAAGAGGCAGGCAUCUGCUCGGAGAAGCACAGGUUAGAAUGCUGCACUGGCUCCAACAUAAGCAUGGGAGGGGGAUAGGCCCAGAUGGCUUAUGCUGGUCAAGGUCCGUCUGGCAUUUUUUCAAAAGUAGAAUAAAAGAGCUAGUGUUCUGCAGGGAAAGGGAAGCCCCAUCCACCACCCACGCUCUGUAGGAU